AGUAUCGGACUAGUUGUGCUCAGCCAUCGACGCGUAGUAAAUAAUGAAGUACCAUGGGUCCUCGGCCACAGAAGGGAACAUACUCAAAGGUCAAGCAGUCCCCAAAGACAGAGGAAGAGAGGAGGAAACAUUUCAAGCACAGGAAGGGGAUUCCAAAGUUCAGCGACCUCUUUAUCAACAAGGACGAGAAUGAAAGUGACCCUUUUGACACUUUGUUUGAAACGAGCAGUGAGGAUCGUGGUAAACUGAAAAAGUUAAAACACAAAGUUUCCGCUAAACAGCGAAGACCACUAGCUGUGAAAAACUCUCUGUUAAACAGUACUCUCAGCAGCAGUCAUAACUCUGCCAAUGAUACUUUUGACAAACUCUUGAAAGAGGUAAAAUUUCCCUCUGUGGUUGCAAAUAGUAGUAACCACCUUUCAUCGUCAGCUGGAAGCUCACUGGAAGCUGAUGGUAUCUUGUAUCAGUCCCUCUUUUCUUCAGUAGCUUGUUCAACAGCAGCAGCACAAAAUCAUGAUCACAAAGAAGAAACAAAGCCUAUUUCGCCCACCAAAGAAUCUAAGAAAAACAUUGAAAAUAAAAGAGCAAACAAAAGGAAAAAAGAAAAAAAAGAAACCAAAGCUUCAAGGAGUAAAGCUGCUGGAAAGACUGGUGGAAAGGCAUCUACAAGGAAGAAUAAAAAAGGGGCAAAACCACCAGUUAUUGCAGACCAUUGCCAAGAUGAAAUGCAAGAGGUUGCUUCACUGUUUCCUUCUGGGACUACAUUUAAGGUACCAGUUAUCCAGCUGCACAGAAUAACGACCUUUACCACACCUCCAGUCUGUCGAACACAGAAGAAUAUCAGUGAAGAGAAGAUGGUAGAAAGCCCUUUGGAGGUUCAGCAUAAACCUAAGGAAGGGCUUAGGGGAAAGUCCAGUGAUAAAGGUGAUGUGAUAACAAGCACUCCAGCAGACAUCAGCCGGCAGAAGGCGGUGUUAAAAAAUGGGAAAACAUGGAGCAUGCCAUCAACUCCAACUCUUGAACACUUAGUAUCUCCAGUGCCAAAGGAAAGCUACCUUGUUGCUCUUAGUAAUUCAUCAAAUUUUGAAUCUCCAAUGUCUUUUAAAUCUAAAUCAAACAUCCACUCAAAUCAUGAAGGUCAAAGUGAACAAUCUGUAGAAAGCAGAUAUGAGACCUGCAACUCAGAAAUAAAUUGUAAGUCUUUAGACAGUUCACCAGCUGUGGCAUCUGAAGCAAUAGGAAUCAUUUCCAGAUGCCAUCAAAAUGAAAACUAUAGAGAUAGUGAGAGUGAAGUAAAAAGGUUUUAUAAUAGUUCUUUGGAAUUGGAGAGUGGCCCAUUCAAGGGGGUAGUUAUACCAACUCAUUACAGUGCAAAGGCGCAGAAAAACAGUUUUUGUCAUGCUGAAAAUAGUGAACCAGAAAUUAGUGUCGAACUUAGCAAGGUCAUAGGUUUAAGGAAUGUAGGCACUGCUAGAACGCUGACAAAUAAAGUCACUACUAGAAAAAAGAAAGGAGCUGCUGUUGAGAUUAGAAAUGAAUUUGAAUCUUCAGCAGACCUCUCCACUUUAGAAAGGUCUUUAGCUCACAUGUACAAAAGAAAUCGAAAAAACACAAAGCAAUUAGGCUCAAAAUUAUCACUUAAAAAAUCUUGGGCUAAGCCUUCUCCAGUUCUGACUAGACUCAGGUUGAAAGCUCCCAGACAGACUAAAAAUUAUGAUACCUCAGUGGACAGUGUAGUGGCAGCACCAGAAAAUACUAAAUGUACUUCUAUAAAUCUAUUAUCAAGCAUAGAAAAGUCUUUAGUCAUAGGGAGACAAAAAAGGAUAUCUAAAGGGAGAGUUCGUGCAAAGCAUCAUAUUCACUUGGAGAUUUCAGACACAGACACUUCACUUGUCAUUCCAAGAAGACCUCCUAAGAAGCUGAGUCUUCGAAAAAAAAGGAAGGAUAAUGCUUCCUUGAAUCCAUCAAAUAGAAAUAGCCAUUGUGAGCCUGCAGAAAACACAUUCCAGUUCAUGUUAGAUGCUGAUUUAAGUAGUGUCAUUGUGGCAGAAAAUUCACUGGUGAAGAGAAGAAGUGGAAGAUUAUUAGCCAUGAAGCAACAGACAUCUGUGUCAUCUCCAAAGUUAUUGAGAAGGAAAUCUGCAAGAUUGUGCAAGAACAAUUUGGAUGAAAGUGCAACCAAGUCUCAAUGUGAGAAUGAAAACUAUAUCAAUACAAGUAGAGUUCAGAAUCAAUCUGAUCUCAAAGAACUCAGUCUGAAAGACUUCAGCAGAAUGUCUGCUAAAAGUGUACAGGGUUUAGAGGCCAAUGCAAUGAGUUUUGGGUCAGUAAAUUCUACAGUAUUUACUGACUUCCAGACCAGGAAAGAAAGGAGAGGUAACCAGUUGGUGUACUGUAAACUAGAAGCAAGUGAAGACAUAUUUGAUACCUCAGAUACCAAUAUUUCAAAAGCAGACAAUGAAGAACCAGUUGGUUUUGAGGAACCACAAGUCACUGAUAGAGAUCUUGAGAAUGCAAAGCAAAUAAGUUCAAGUGAAAAAUGUAUAGAUUCUCAAGAACAAGCACCACCCAGGGGAGAUUCCUGUCACUUGGCUGAAAGCAGCAUUUAUGAGAAUUCUCUUUUGGAGUUAGAGGAACUGGAAGAUGUAUGCAGAAGUGUGAAAGUACAGUGUAUGAUUCCCAUGAAGGGUGGCAAGGGCUGGAGAAGAUCCUGUCUUAGCAUGGCUGCAGCAAAGAUCCCUCACAGACCGGAUGAAACAGGCAUCCGUCGUCAAACAGUACAUUUUGUGUCUGAUGGCCACAGACGAAGAACUGGGGGGCGGAUAUCAGCAAUUCCGCUGGAUAUGAGUAGACGUAUACAUCAGAUGGGAAUUGCACAUGAAGUGGAUUUGCAUUCUUCACAACACACAAGCUUCCAUACAGUGGUCAGCAUUGAUACCACUGAGCCUGCCAUACCCUCUGACCCCAGGGAGUAUGUUCUCAAGCUGUGCAGUCAAGUUACUCCAGUCCCCAUCGAUGAGUGUUUCACAGAGAGCCGUCUUGUCAGUUGUAAGAAGAUUGGAGAGGGUGUAUAUGGAGAAGUUUUUAUGACACGGCCAAACCCAAGCAACCUUGAAGGGGCAACUGUUCUCAAAAUCAUGCCCAUCGAAGGAGAUUUUGAAGUUAAUGGGGAACCACAGAAGAAGUUUGGGGAAAUUGUCUCUGAAAUUGUCAUAUCUCUGGAACUGAGCAAUUUAAGAAAGUCUGAAAAUGAGUCGAAUUGGACUGAAAACUUUGUAAAUGUGCUAAACUCUUGGUGUGUCCAGGGUUGUUAUAUGCAAGAUCUUCUGAAUAUGUGGGAUUUAUACCAUGAAGAAAAAGGUUCCGAAAAUGACCGACCGGACCUCUUCCCUGAUUCACAGCUCUAUAUCGUGUUGGAGUUUGGACAUGGUGGAGGCGAUUUGGAGAGUUAUGUGUUCAACAAUGCUGGGGAAUCACUGGCUGUAUUUUUUCAGAUUGCUUACAGCUUGGCAGUGGCUGAACAAGAGUUGGAGUUCGAACACCGUGAUCUCCACUGGGGCAAUGUGUUAGUAGCACCCACAAAAGACUCAGUGAUAGACUUUAGGGUAGCAGGAGCCAAUUACAAGCUGCCCACAAAGGGGUUGAAGGCUACUGUGAUUGAUUUCACCCUAUCACGUCUUCGCCUAAAGCACUGUGUGAUGUACAACAACCUUGGAGAAGACCCCUCAUUGUUCACAGCAGAAGGGGAUUAUCAGUUUGAAAUAUAUAGGCAGAUGAGAAAAGCAAAUGGAAAUGACUGGGAGAAAUUUACACCAUACACCAAUGUUCUGUGGCUGCAUUACAUUUUAGACAAGAUGAUUGGUGAAUGCUACUACAAGAAAGUGAAGACGAAAGUGCACACCAGUAAUCUUGCCCAACUUAGAAAACUCAAAGGAAAGAUGCUGAGCUAUGAAAGUGCAACAGAUUUUGUUUUCCAGAGAGAGAUGAACAUUUAGUUUUUUUAUUUUAUUAUUAUUUUUUUAUGGUUCUUUCUUUGUGAUGACUGUCUUUUCCAUGAAGCUUUUGAAAGUUCAAAUGUUUAAGUCAAGAACAAGGGGAAAUCCUUGUUUUUCUAUUGUGCUCACUGUAAAUUGAUGUGUAAAUUUGUAAAUAUAUAGACUUUUUUA